AUGCAGACGGCUGGAGACCACGGUCCGACAACCACACAGACACUAGAUGUCAUUCAGAAGCACUCACGGACGCUCAAAGACACUCGCAGGACCUACCGGACGCUCACAGACCCUGAACCCCAGCUCCGUCCCUGGGAGUGUUGCUGUCAUGACACCGUAUUCCGCAGUGCUGCAUACCGAUACGACACCCACAUUGGACACCAACAAAGCAACAAUACGACAAUACGACAAUACGGCGCCGACUCACACACGACACCGACAUAUGCACACGACAGCACACGACAGCACACGACAGCACACGACAGCACUGACACAUACACGACACCGCUCUUCACACCUCCACCGACUUUUACUUUCAACGUCGAACUCUACAGCAGCCUGUCAACCGUCAAGGACCGCCAGCACCCCCAAGGUGAGAGAGAGGAGUGGAGUGUGGGAACAGUGGAGAGAGCUCCCCCAACGGCCCGGCGAAUGCCGUCCUCCCAGCGGGCGUCGAAGCGUCCAGAUCCCAAGCCCCAAACGCCUCCAAGCCACCCCGGGAAAGCCUCAGUGGCCCCGGACCAGCCAGCUGGGAAAGAGCUGUUGGACGAGUAA